AUGGACGCGCUCGCGAUACGGCCGAUUCCGCCAGAGGCAACCCACGCGCUUCGACACCGUGUCCUCUGGCCCUCCGUCCCCCUCGACGCACAGGGCCAGGCAUUCGAUGCCCCGCCAUCCGUCCACCUCGGCGCCUUUGCUGACGACAUCCUAGUUGGUGUCCUCACCCUCGUUGCCGUUGAGGGCAAGGUUCAGCUGCGCAAGUUUGCCGUCGCGCCUGAGUGGCAGGGGUACGGCGUCGGUGGCGCUAUGCUCGAUGCCGCAAUCGCCUACUCCCAGAAACAGGUCGUCCUCGACGCACGUCGUGAGCAGGUCCGGUUCUACCAGAAACGGGGGUUCACGGUGCUCAGCCCGGAAGUGUUCGUGAAGCGUGGGCCAGGCGACGCUGGCCCUCCCGUCGAAUACGUACGCAUGGGCAACACAACACCAGAUGCAUAG